AUGGCUGCAGCCUUCGAAGGGAUACUGGACCAUUAUGCAGUGUUAGGACUGGAUCGCCGUUGCACUUGUGCCGAGAUUCGCAAAGCAUUUCGGGCCACGGCUUUGAAGUACCAUCCUGACAAAGCUGGCAGCUCGCCGGAAGCUCGCCGCUGUUUCCAAGCAGCUGCAGAUGCCUAUGAGGUGCUUGGCAACGAGCAGAGGAGACAAGCCUAUGAUGCUCAGUUGGCUGCCAUGCGUCCCGAUGCAAGUUGCAGGCAGGCUGAAUCGCAGGGCUAUCCAUUUCCACAGCCCUCAGGCUCACAAAGGCCAAGCCAGCGACAUGGACAGGGCAGACCGCCGGACAGGCCAGACACGUGGGAUAGGUCUGCCAGGCCGAGAUCCAGCAGACCUGACAGACCUAGGCCUGAUAGGCCUGAUAGGUUUGAUAGGCCUGAUAGGCCUGGACCAGACAGGUAUACACAGGACAGGCCUGGAGAGAGGGACAGGGCGGCUCAGAACUUUUGUGCGCAGCCUGACACCAGACCAACUGCUGCGGAAUUGCAUCAUGGAUUCAGCCAGCCCUUCCGCGCGACUGUGUCUGACCUUCAAACACUGGCAACCUUCUCUCAUGACGGAGCGGUCUGGCUGCCCAAGGUCAAGGAUGUGAAGUGGUGUAGGCCAAAUGGUGACGCCGGUAAAGUGCAGUUGACAUAUACUGCCGACUAUUCGUCUUCCAGAAGUAGAGGGCGCGUGCCCUUGUUGCAGCUUUUGCAGACAUCGAGCUGCGAUGCUUUGCAAACCUCGUUUCAAGAGCACCUCGAUCGGGUUGCGGGCUGCUGUGCCUACAGACACUUCCGCAUGCAGCUGCUCGAGUUUCCGGGCCACGAUCUGCAGUUCCGCGUAAAGCUGUGGCUGGAGGGUGAGACCAAGGACUUACUCAAGAGCUUCGACACGGCCUGGGAGCUGGCGCCGCGGAAGAUGAAGGACUGCCCGCUGAUGUAA